CUAAUAUUUGCAUAAUAAACGGCAGGUCCGAGAGAGAAAAAGCACCUGUUUCUUUUUAUCUUCAACAUUAUGGAACGUUCGGCAACACACGCUGGCUCUUGGUAUCAAGCCUCACCGCCCCGUUUAAAGCAAGAACUUGAAGAUUACUUGAUAGCCGUCAGACCGACUGAAGACUACCCCAAGCAAAACACAAGAGCUAUCAUUGUGCCACAUGCUGGCUUUCGAUACAGUGGUCCCACGGCAGCUUAUGCUUACAAAUGUGUCGAUGUCGCCCCAAUAAAACGCAUCUUUAUUCUCGGACCCUCUCAUCACUUCCCGUUCCGAGGCUGUUGUGUAUCACCUUUCGAUUUUAUUGGAACUCCUUUCGGUCGUUUGGUGGUGGAUAAACAAGUGGCACAAACUCUGGUUGAAAAGGAAGGUUUCGGAACUGUGGCAAAGCGAGCGGACGAACGAGAACAUAGUCUUGAAAUGCAAUUUCCCUUUAUCCACAAAAUCUUUGCCGACAAAAUUAAUGAGGUCAAGGUGGUCCCUAUCAUGGUUGGCAGCAUGGAUGCGUCUAGCGAAAAAAAAGCUGGUGAAGCGCUUGCUCCUUAUCUAGCCGAUCCCAGUAAUCUGUUUGUCAUUUCCUCGGAUUUCUGUCACUGGGGCGAACGAUUUGAUUACUAUUACUAUUUCCCAGCAGCAAAUGCCGCGCCCUUUGAGUUGGAACAUAACGAGGAUAUUCAAAGACCGGUAUCAGACAGUAUUCGGGAGUUGGACCAUCAGGGCAUGGCAUUUAUUGAACGGUUGGAUCUGGAUGGAUUUACGCGCUAUAUUCAAAAAACGCACAACACCAUCUGCGGCAGACGGCCUAUUGGUGUACUUCUGGCGACGGUGAAAGCGCUUCAAGAACAACAGCCUCACUGUAAACAGGACCUCAAGUUUGUAAAAUAUGCUCAAAGCAAUGCCGUUCAGCAUCUUGGCGAGUCUAGCGUAAGCUAUGCAAGCGCUUAUCUAAGCAUUGAUAUUAGCGAAUAAAGAAAAAAUUUAUGUGCCGCAGGUUUGCACCAAUUU